GCGCUGGAUACGUCUCCCUCUACACUGACAUUAUAUGCCUCCCUAGUACACAAAAUAACUUCUGGCUAGACGUGAAUCGCUAUAGUUCAUCCAUUGUGUUUUCUUUCAUUUUUUGCUCUAAAUAAUGUUCGAAAGUUUAUGAUACUCAUGCCACUAUUCGAAAAUAUCCGAAAAUGUGUUUGUCGCAGACAUGGCUUGUCUCGUCGGUUAACCAGGGUGUUAUUCAAUGUAAAGAUUAAUGAAUCCUUUAAAUCACAAAAUAUCCCGUCACAGAUUCGAGAUUUAUUGGUCUACAUAGCUCGUGAGGGAGUAGCCGUAACGGAUUUGUUCAGAAGACCUGGAAACCAACAAGAUAUGAAAAAGAUUAUCUCUGACCUUGAGGCGGGGAGACCAAUCAGGUGGACAGAUUACAACUUUUAUACCCUUGCAAAUAUUGCCAAACGGUAUUUGCUACAUAUUGAGGGCGGGAUUUUGGGUCCUGAAUCUGAAGAAAAACUGCUUUCUACUCUUGACAUUCCAGAUGAUCAAGCCCGAAUCGAAGCAAUGCACUGUGUGAUUGUUUCCCAACCAAAGCCUGUUCAGCAGUUACUUGCUCUACUAUUCGGCAUCUGGUUUCGAAUGAUCUAUCAUACUGAAGUUAAUGCUAUGUCUGUGGAAGCUGUUGCUAAAUCUGUCGCCGGUUCUGUUUUCCCCAGCUGCACGACUACCCCAAUAAAAGUUGAACGAGCAUCAAAAGUUAUGGAAUAUCUCAUAACUGGCUUUGCCUCUGCUGAUCUCUUCAGUCGUGAGCUUAUCGAAUACUUCACAUUAGAAACGAAAACUAGCAUUUCGAGAGUGGAGAAGUUCAAGUACGAGUUUCGAUUUCCGAAAGACGUGCCAAGAGAAAAAUCUGUUCGUCUUUUCGUUCGAAUGCUAUUAGAAGAAGGUAGAAAACAUGGAUUUCACCUGAUUAAAGAUGCCGUAUCCAGGGAGGUUUUUGAAAGAUCAGCUUGUAAUAACAUAUCCACUCCAAACAAUACAGUGAACUCAGGAUCUAAUGAGGUCACUUCUCGUCCAGAUGAUAAUUUGCUCGUUGGAAAUAUCCCAUCAAAUGUUUCGUAUAUGCAGAAUAUCAGUUCCACACAGAGUGAGAGUUAUAUAUCUGGAGAUGGGACUAUUUUAUAUACAGAGGCAAGCUCUACGGUAACACCUACUCUUCUAAGACGGGAAAAUCGACCCUUUGAAAUAGAUACUGGGGGAUUUGACAUACUAAAUGCUCCUAUUCAGCAAACAUCGGAAAAACGUACAUGUAUUACUACAACACCUAUUGGAAAAACCUCUCAUCAUACCACUCCAGUAGUCAACUUAGAUUCAUUAAACGCACAUGAGUUUUUAAAUCCUAUAACAACAGUUGUAAAUCCGGAUAAUUCAUCUAAGAACAAAUUUCCCUCUGUUGUCCCAUCCAUUUCAUCAGUUGGGAAUAGAGAAUAUAAUGCUAAAUUAAAGAAUACAACCUAUCGAACACCAUCUUCUCAAUCAGUUUGUUUUAAUUCUGUUAAACGACGUCAGUUGGAACGCUUACAAAAACGUUCUGAUUGGUUUCUUAGUCCCCCAGCCGGCUUACGCUCAUCCACUGGUUUAAUGCACUUAAAUCCUAAUACUCCUGGAGCUGUACACGGUUCCAUACCCCAAAUUCAGAAUAAAUUAAACACAUCUCAAACUAAUAAUAAUAAGACUAACUUUAGGAACUAUCCUAUUGUCUCUACUGAACCACAUUCAUCAUCUGAUCUUGAUUCAUCUUCAUUAAUGGACAUUGAUCUAUCUGAGGAUGCGACAACAACAAACGAUUACAUCCAAAAUCUAAGUCAGUUCAACAUUAAUGGGAACGAUGUUGAUGUGAAUGAUAUUGGACAUUUAGUAUUCACCGCUCCUGAACGUAUAUGGAAUUGUAGUAGUAACAGUAGCAGUAGUGGUGACCCAAAUAAGUUAUUAUCAACUACGACAACUGGCCGUAAACGUCAUUCGCAUACACUUUCUACACCUGAACAUACAAUGCCACUAACUACUGGAAGUUCACCGAAUUGUCCGUUGCCUCCACUGUCGACGUCAAGAACACCAACAAAUUGUUUUAAAGACUAUCCAGUCAAACGUUCUUCUUUUCAACCAGCAGUAGUUGAAGAAAAAGAGAAUUAUCCAGAGGUCGAAAUACGAUAUUAUAUUGUUGAACGAUAUUACGGUCCGGAACCUCGACCACCUCCAUCAAACAUUCAACAACGUCUUGUUAAUCACAAUCAAGAACUAGCUACAUAAUUUCAUUGUUGUAUUAUGUACAAGUUCAACGAUAUCUAUGGUUUAUAUUUCACUUACUUGAUAAGUUCUUUUUAUUCCACACACAUGACCAUAUAUAUUCUCAUUCGUUCAUAAACCAACCACCUGUACGUAAAAAGUAGUAAUUUUCUUGUGCGUUUUAUGAGCCACAAAACUUUCUUUCGCCUUUAUUCUUCCUUUUUAUUAUUAUCAUUAUAUACUUGGUUUUCACUUUACCUUUUUGUUAAUUUGAUGCACAUUCAUGCAAUUAUUGCUUUAUUAACACAAUGUGCCUACUACUAUACACUCGAAGGAGAAGUCUACACGUUGUUAAUGAUAAUACUUGUCUAGUUACCUGUUGAGUUACUUUUCUUUGAAAAGAGUCCAAGCAGAACCACCGGGGGAGAGGAAUGAAUCAGAUAGCAACAACAAAUAAUGCCCGAUUCUGUGUAGAUAUAUAUUUGCUAUCAUUGUUUAAUUGUUUACUUUUUCAAGAAGAAAUGACAAUUUAGGUUUCUCUUCAACUAACAUGAACUAACCAAAAAACUUCAUAAAAAUGAACAAUCAAACAACUCACUUGUUUCUCUAUAAUUUAACGUAACCGUACUUUCCUAUGUUUUUUCUUCCUAUUAUAUACCACUUGACCACAAGUAGGUUAUUACUGUUACCUAUUUUGUUUUUCCUCUGAGAAGUUACAAAAAUAGACACUUAUUCAUUUAUUUUGAGAUCAUUUUUAUUCUUACUGUAUUAUUCGUUUUUAGCGAGUUUUGAUGUCGUUUUAUUACUAUUUUUAGUAAUUAUAUUUUAUUUGUCCAGAUUGCCUUUUUCGUACCUGUUGGUGUUUUAUAAACGAUUUCUUGUUACUGUCUGCAUCUGUUAGAUUUUUCUCCUCUACACUCUAAUGAAUUGCUUUCGUUUAUCUCUCUAAGUUGUUGUUUAAAGUCAAUUAUCAAUUAAGCCCAAUACAACUGUUGUAAUGUCAGCUCUAAAACAUACAUACAGAGACAACCA